AUGCUUUUAACAAAGACUCUUCGGCCAAAAACAUCCUUACUGGAGCUGACCAAGGAAAACCACCAUUUCAUAGACCAGGCUCUUGGAGAGAGUAGGGGAACUAAAGAUGAUGAUGCGACAGAAGGAGGGCAACUCUAUGCUAGAAGUGUGAAAAUUUUCAUGGCGCAAGGUCAACUUGCCACUCCAAGCACAUCCUUCCUACUGCUGGCGGCUACGUCGCCUCUGCUUUCUACCGAGGCUUACCGGGUACAAGACGCAUCCGAUGACCUUCAAGGUACAUACAAUAAACUCGCAAAGAACAGAAUCCAGGGCCGGGAUACCUCAGACAGGUCCCAUGGGCAAUUAGACAAGGAUCUAGAGAUACAGCAUCUAGACUUACGUCGGACUUUGGAGGAAGGUGAGGCCCACGUGAGCCAAAUUCUCAGGUACCAGCCCUGUGAAGUCGACUUGGACUGGUCCAAAGCGCCUUCGUACGUGAGUAUCAAGGCAGAUUGGAGAAGUCUCAUUGAUGAAGCGCGUCGUUUGGAAGCCGAAGUCCGAGACUAUAUGCAACUUCAAGUUGGGGAUCUGUCCUUAGAGGAAUCGCGGAGAUCCAUUGAAUUAUCAAAUAUUCAAAUUCGUGAAUCCCAAAGUGUCACAAUACUCGCCUUUGUAUACGUGCCUCUCAAUCUUGCGACUUCCAUAUUCAGUAUGGAUAUUCAGCAACUGAAUCAAAAGGGACAAAAUCUUUGGGUCUUCUUUGUGACGGCCGUUGUAGCCUUGUUGGUCACAGGUGGCUCCUGGGCAUGCUCAAACUCGGGUUAUAAAGCAAUGGCAUGGUACAAGGAAGCGGCAGCAGUCAGUGGAGCAUACGCAAAGAAGGGGGAAAAGCAGGAGCAUGGAUUGCUGCUUCGCAUGGCCAUGUUGGUAUGGCUCGUGCGCAAUGGUCACACGGUCUGGAUGUGGAAGUCACGAGCCUGGUUAGCCAUUUUAAUGAACAGCAAGACUCGUGGUGAAUGGUCUUCGGGGGAGUCGAUAAAAAGCCAGCAUGUAUCUAUGUUUCGAAACACAGUCGAUCCGCCGAGGUGA